AAAAUUCCCAUACCACAAAAUGUUUUUAAUGGAAGGCUUUCCCUUCUAUGAUAUUUUACGCCUAAAAGCUUUUUAUUUUAAACCGUUAGGGUUAGGGCACAAGGCCACAACAUCUUUGACAACGUCGAAGGGCAUACACGGUAAAAACAACGUGCAAGCAAACGGCCAUCCAUCAGUCGUGAAACGCCGUCAAAUCUUAAGACGCGUCAAACGACGUCGUUUAAACUUCCUCGUCUCGACCCUGCGGUCAGAAAUUGCCAUGGCAAAACCCUAGAAAGACGUAGGGUUUAACAAAACAGACAGAGGAUAGGAGAGAUGUUGUACAUAAUAGGCUUGGGCUUGGGCGAUGAGAGAGACAUAACGCUGAGGGGCCUGGAAGCUGUGAAGAAAUGCAGCAAGGUCUUCAUUGAAGCCUACACUUCUCUCCUCUCCUUUGGUCUUUCUUCCAAUGGUCUUUCCACACUGGAAAAUCUCUAUGGGAAACCAAUUACGCUUGCAGAUAGAGAAAUGGUGGAGGAAAAAGCGGAUGAUAUUCUGUCCGAUGCUCGUCACUCGGAUGUGGGUUUCCUUGUUGUUGGUGAUCCUUUUGGAGCUACAACACACUCUGAUCUUGUUGUUCGAGCAAAGAAACUGGGGGUGGAUGUCAAGGUGGUUCACAAUGCAUCAGUGAUGAAUGCAAUUGGAAUUUGUGGCUUACAACUUUACCGCUAUGGGGAGACUAUUUCCAUUCCAUUCUUCACUGAAACAUGGAGACCUGACAGCUUUUAUGAGAAGAUCCAAAGAAAUCGUGUGCUUGGAUUGCAUACCCUCUGCUUGUUGGAUAUACGUGUGAAGGAACCCUCGCUGGAAUCUUUAUGCAGAGGAAAAAAACAAUAUGAACCACCAAGAUAUAUGACAAUAAACACUGCCAUUGAGCAGCUUUUGGAGGUUGAACAAAUGCGUGGAGAAUCUGCAUUCUGUGAAGACACUGAUUGUGUUGGUUUUGCCCGACUGGGAAGCGAGGAUCAGAUGAUAGUUGCAGGCUCAAUGAGGCAGCUGCUCAAGGUUGAUUUUGGAGCACCUCUGCAUUGUCUUGUCAUAGUAGGCAAGACACAUCCAGUGGAAGAAGAAAUGCUGGAUUUUUACAAACUUAAAGGAGAAAGUGCCGAGUCAAAACAUAACCAGACUGCAUGAUUUUGGCUCAAUUGGGAUUGAAGUCAAUGUUCCCUCUUUGUGCAGGAUUGAACUUCUUGUCAACAUGUCAUACGGUUCCUGCUAGCUGUAGUAAAGAAGCCAAAGGGGGGAUCCGCCAAACACUUUUUAUUGGUUAUUUUUUUAACCUCCAUAAGAAACAGAUAGAGGGUAUCAUGGUUGGGUGUGUUUGGAGUGGCAACAGCACUUCUCUUAAUUCAAGGACCUGCAUUUAGGUGGUGUACUUCUUGCCUCAGCUUCCUGCAUCAGCUGGAUGGUCAUUUCAUUAUGGUUGCUGGAAUGCCUGCCUGCUGUAAUCUGUGCAACAAAAAUUUGUCUGGGUGAGUUCCAUUAAUUAUAUUGUAUCAGAGUGACAUGCUUUCCUUUCCCAUGGUCUGAUUAUGUUUUAUUUAUAAUCGCAAUUUUGUGAGUGAGAUCAAUCUUUUAAGCUAAAUGAACAUCGAGAAGAUGAAAGGAGGAUUUACCCAAAAGUGAAGAAGUUAAAAGUAUUUUAUUGCUUUGUUUUUA